GCGCCCACAGUAAACACUAAGCAAGCCUCUCUCCACUAGUCAGUAACUGCGAGUCACACAGGAGCGUGCUGUAUAUCGACAGGUCUCUUGGAGUAAUUAAAACGACCAGAGCAGUAAUUAAUUUCUGAGAGACAACUAGCAGGUUUUUAUUACACAAUGGGAGGAUCUUCUUCCAGCCUUCUGGAUGCAAAUAAAUGCAACUACAUAAGGGGACGAGCCGAAGCAGAGUUGAAGAACUUCAGCCCCCACUACAGGCGUCAGUACGCAGUGGCAUUCUUCAGGCAGUUAUAUGAUGAGAUGGAGCAGCAAAGGACAGUCCAGACACAGCUCCUGAAACACAGGCAGCACACAGAACCAGGGAAGGUUCUGUAUGAAGAGGUGGUGACCCACUACUCUGCUGAACUGAAGAAAUGGAAGGAGCGCUACAUGCUGGUGCGAGCUGAUUACAGCCUGGAGAGCCACGAAAACUAUGAUACCUUUCUGAAUGGAGCAAGCCCGAAGGUCAGGCUGCUUCCAGCAGGAGGCGCUGUGCUGACGUCUGAGGAUCAAUACACUGCACUGGCAGAUAGGUUCUUCCCCGACCCGAGUGGUGUGAGCGAGGAGAGCGCUCCUCCCAUGGUCUCCAUGCCUGAUCAGUUCCCUGUGUACCUGUGGCAGCCCUACCAGAAACACAACUACUUCUGCUUCCACAACGCAGAUUCUCAGAAGAGCUUUGCAGCCGCGCUCAGAGACUGCAUCAGACACCAAAACCACGACUACCAGAAGAAGACAAAGUGUGAGGUUCGGGCCUUCCUAGAGGCUGUGCAGUUCUACAGGCAGGAGAAAGGCCACUAUGGGUCCUGGGAAAUGUUGAUUGGCAAGGAUGUCCAGGUUCUGAGUAACCUGGUGAUGGAGGAGCUCUUGCCCUCUCUUCAGACAGAGCUGCUGCCCAAGAUGAAGGGAAAGAAGAAUGACCGGAAGAGAGCCUGGUUUGCUAUUGUAGAAGACGCCUACAACGUGGUCAAGUCACAGGUUUCCACUGGGUUAGCAGCUCUAGAAGAAGAGUGCAGAGCAGCAACUAAGCAGCAGGAGGGACUCAUUCGAUCCGACAUGGAUCAGAUCAUCAACUCCAAGAACUUCCUCGCAGGAAAGCUGAAAGCCACAGUUUCACAGCCAGCAGUGAAGUUCUGCAUGGAGAAUGUCCAGCCCUACCUGUCUUCUAUACUGGAGGAGCUUAUGGGACCCAUCAGUUCUGGGUUCAGUGAGAUCCGCUUCCUCUUUGAAACAGAAGUUAAUAAAAUGAGCAAGGACUACCAAGAGAGCAGCAGCAUCGACAAUCUGAAUAAGGGCCUGGGCGAGCUGGCGGACCUGCCCUUUACCUCCCUGAAGAUGCAGCCCUGCUACAGGAAGGUGGAUGUCCUCUGUGAGCAGCUACAGGAGCUGAGGAACCGCUUCAAAUUCUCCAACACUGACCGCCUUGUACAGAUCACACAGAAUUACAUGCAGCAGAUUAUGGACAAUGUAGUGCACACUUUUGAGCAACUACUGUCCAAUUCUCUGCGAGGGGGCCCAUCCCAAAUCUGUUCAGCCAUUGAGAAGGUCAAGCAGAGAGUGCUAAAGCAAUACGACUAUGACAGCAGCACGCUUAGGAAGAAGCUCUUCCAGGAGGCUCUAGUGGAAGUUACCAUGCCGACAAUGCAGAAAAGCCUGUCUCCAAGCUGUAAACCAGAGCUCCAGAGGUUUGAACAGUACAUCUUUGCUGAUUACACAAACUUUAUACAAGUGGAAAAUGUCUAUGAAGAAAUGAUACUUCAGACUCUACUGAGUGAGGUUGACAAAGUGGUGAAAGAUGCUGCAAACAUGAAGAAGCACAACUUGUUUGUGGAUAGCAUUGAUUUCCCUUGUGAAAGCCAAUCCAGCCUGACAGAUAGCAGGACUCCGCCAGGAUCGAUUCCAGCAAGCCCGACGAAGCACAUGGUUCCCCCCAUUGAAGAUGCUAAUCCUCAGGCUCAAGGAAAUGGGGUCCCAGAGAGCCAAGACCAGCCUUCAAAACCGGAACCAGCUUUACCCAAGUCUCCAGAGAGUAUAGUGCCAGCCAAGAAUGACCAGCAGGAACCUAGUGCAGUUGGCAUUGACCCUGGCAUAACAAUUAACGCAGAGUCUCUAACAGUCAAGAUGGCAUCACUCGACAUUGCUAAUGAAGUAAAAGAGGAGAAAACACAGGAAAAUGCAGUCCACAAGGAGAUUCAAGCUCCAGACAAUCUAAAGGAAAUCAGAGACCUGAUAACCGUAGUGAGACCAGAAGAUCCAGGUGACAGGGAACUUGAUUCACACGUCGAACUCUUGGAACAGGAAGAAAGUAUUUCGAAGGAGCAGCUUAGGAACUUGGAGAGUGACAGGCCCGAGAACAAUGAGGCAGGAGAGGAAAGUGGCACGGCUUCAGAGAAAUGAGACGAAGGUUAUCAAUGAAGGGCGGGACAGUCUUUAGUGCAUUUACAUAUACUAUUCACUACAAACACCAUUAAACACUCUCACUGCUGGUAUAUUUAUCCAGGUUCAGAAUGUUACAUUUUGGGUGAACUGAACAGCUGGUUUUGAAAUGGUUCAUGUAGUUGGUAGAACCUCCCACCUCUGAAACAAUAUUACAGUAUUGUGUAUGUAGAUCAGUAUCUCCACCCACUGCAGACAGGUUACACACAAGGUUUAUUAGCAGACUGCUUUUAUAUAGAUAUAGGGAAGCUUGUUGCAACAGUUUAGUCAGACCUAAAGGAAAACUGACAUAUAAUUGUUGACCUGUCUGUUCAAAGUGUAUUUAUUAACUAAUUGGGAAUUAAUACAGUGAGAGUACACUUAUUUUCAUAAUGGUUUCGUGCCCACUCGAUAUCAGAACUCACAAAUAGCUAUCCACUACCAAGAAUUGUGUUUUCAUUUCUACAAUGGUUUAACAUUCUGAUAUCUUUAAUUAUCCUGAUUUUAUUUAUCAGAAAGCAUACUUCAGAAACACAAUGCUAUUUUAUUUUAUCUCAGCAUGGAUUGAUUAUACAUAUCUAAAGUAAAUACAUAAAUAAACAACAUAGCAAGUAAGGAAUAAAACAAAGUAUUAUUAACCCCCCUAACUGGAAUACUAUUAUUACAUAUCAAUGAAUAUUUUUUUUGCUUUCUCAUUUUCUCUGGUGAUGAUUUUGUUCUAUUCAGAACACAGCUGUAUUUUCAUAAUACUGCCAUUGUUUACUGGUCAUUCAAUAUCGGCAUUUUUAGUAUUAGACAAAAUGAUGAAAGACAUGAAAUUCAAACUAUAACAACAACUAAGCAACUGCAGGACAAUCUGGCCCUAAUGUAUCUUCAGAAUAAGGGGCCAAUGCUGAACUUGUAUAUUCAAACUUCCUCUCAUCAGUGUCAACCAAAAUGACAGCUUAUGAUGACCUGCAAAGCGGUUGAGAAUUGCAAAGUCCUUACAAAGGCAUCACAUCUUUUAAAACACGAAGAUGUCCUUCUAUGGGUCAAAGCAUGGAGUCAGAAUUGAAUACCUGUGCCAUAAGUUGUAGGAUCCCUGGAAGAAUUGCUAUGGUGGAUUAUUCAUGACCAACUAAACUAUAGGAUGUUUUUGCCUCAUAGAGUUAAAGCUGGUGGCGUUUACAUGCAUAAGUCAUGACAGUUUUCCUCACAAUGUGUUUGCUGUACUUUUCAGGAAAUGCGUUGCUUUGCAGUUCUGAUUUAGGAAUAAAAAAUCGGCCGUACCCAUGCAGAUUACUCAAUUCAUAGUCAUUUUGGGGUUAUUUAAAUGCCUGUGUCUGCUUACUAAGUAGGAAAAGAACGACUCUGAAUAUCGUGAGGAGAACUUCAUGCGUUGAAGAUAAAAACAUUUAACAAGAGAAAUUGAUUCACGUGUUGUUUGUCUGGUUACCUUUCCAAUACACACACACACACAAUUAUAUAAAAUAUAAUUUAUACUAAGUACAAGUUUUACUACUUAGAAUUUAUAUUUGUGUGUGUUUGUGGAACAUCUAAAAGUUAAAUUUCAUUAACACUAGAACCGCCUUUUACAAUACGUGUUUUUAUUUUGAAUAUAACCUACAAUAUUCUUUUUUUAUAUAUAUCAAUUCCUUCGUUUUGUACAAGAAAUGCACCGGGGAUAAUAUCAGUAGGAGAGAUUUCAUCUUGAAGCUAGCCACAAUGCUUCAGCAGAAACAUUUCGAUCAGAAAACUGCGAAGCUGCAGCAGCUCAACCUGGAUUCUGUGCUGUGAGUGAUACACACGCAAGACAAAUCAUGUUACUUUCAUUUUAGAUUAAAAACUACUUUUGUUUUUACAGCUUUGUAUGUACAUAAACCUGUUUACACACUAGUUUCUUUUGAAAUGUUUAUUUUAUUAUAGUUUUUCAUUUUUUAAAGUAGUGCUUUAUAUGUGGUAAGUUAGAAAAUAAACCCUUUUAUGUUUAACUGUUCAUUUAAAUAUGGCGUUUCAGCUGUGCAAAUGUUUGAUACGAUGUGCUUGAAUAAAACUUUUGGGUUGUAUCCGAUAGUUUGUCUUUCAUUUUAAUAUUGAUGAUGUUUAAAAUGUACCGUAAUAAUGACUGCCCUCGGCGGCUCUAGUGUUGAAGUAGUCCGUAAAUGUACAUUUUGUGUGUGUGUGUGUAUAUAUAUACACAGGUAGUGGACAAAAAAAAUGGAAACACCUGGGUAAAUGAGGGACACCAAGUAUAUUUAAAGCAAGGGCUUUCAUAAAGGUGUGGCUCAUGCGUUAAUUAAGCAAAUAACAUCCCAGGAUGCUUAGGGUCAUGUAUAAAAAUGCUGGACAGGCCUGGUUGUCUAUCAUUAUGGCUAGCAUGGCUGCAAGAGGAGACCUCAGUGACUUUGAAAGAGGGGUGACUGUUGGGGCGAGUUUGGCAGGAGCUUCAGUGACCAAGACAGCUCAACUUGCUGAUGUUUCACGAGCAACAGUGUCUAAGGUGAUGUUGGCAUGGAACUCUGAGGGAAAGACAUCAUCAGCAAAGGGCAUACUCCAGGAUCAUCUGUGCAUUAAUUCGAAGUGCAAGGCAAAACAGGCAAGCAACUGCAGAUCAAUUGACUGCAAAUUUCAACCUGGGGUGCGAGCAGCCAGUUUCAUCAAAAACGGUCCGCCGAGAACUCCACAGAGCCGGAUACCAUAAUGACCCGACACCCUAUUAAGUGACUUUACAUUGGUGUUUCCAUUUUUUUGUCUACUACAUGUAUGUAUAUAUAUAUAUAUAUAUAUAUAUAUAUAUAUAUAUAUAUAUAUAUAUAUAUAUAUAUAUAUAUAUGUGUGUGUUUUGUACGGCCUUUCUGCUGGAGAUUACGUGAUUUUAAGUCAGAAGAACGGGAUCUUGACUGCUGAAAUCUCGUGAGCCACAAGCACGAUUCCUACUCCGGUUUACAUGAGUCUUUACAGCUGUUUUUAUCGUGAGAAAGCGAUUGACCCUGCCCUUAAAGUCACACAGCCACACGUUUUUGCUGUUUCACCAUGUAUUCACGUGACAAUGUCACACAGUCAUGACUGUUGAGUCGAUUUUCAGGUGCAUGUAAACUCAGCCACUAUCAACCCCAUGUGUAGGACUUCAAAGUAUAAACUUUGGCAUUAAUAAAUGCGUACAUUAUUGGUUGUUUUUUUUGUCAUUUCUAAACAUUGUUUAUCAGUUAUGAAAGUUUAAGGUGUUCUCUUAUUCCUUACAAUAAACAUUUGAAAAAAGUCUGUAUUACUGCUUUAGUUUUCAAUAAAUGGGCAAACUUCCUAAUUCUGUAUAUUUAAAUGAAAUAUACAGCAUUACUAAGUUAGUAACAUACACUUCUGUUCUUUCUUCAAUGUUUUACAAUGCAAAUAUAAAUGCAUGUAUGGUCCAGAUACUAUAUGUCAUUUUUAAUUAAAAGUAACAGAAAUCAA